AUAAAAAUAAAACACAAUAAAAACAGGGAGGGGUUUAGAAAGGUUUGAUGUUAUUCACAUUCCAAUGUCUGCACUGUCCACGCAUUGCUUUCAAUGGAAUUUGCAACUUUCUUUCCCACCCCAAUCCCUCACAGGGGAAUCCCACCAGCAAAAUCUCAAUCUCUUCAUCACUUUCUCUUCUUCCCAACCUCCAUUUCCUCUUCUUUUCCUUCCUCUCUUAUUCCAGUAACAAUCAAACCCUCAAGAUCUCAGUUUCAUAUUCUCUUUGAUUCAUUCCGACACAAUUUCGUCCAAGACAUCGAAAAUUGUCACAAACCGGUUUUUGGGUUUCAUCAGACCGAGGCCCCGGACCCACUCCAGAGGGUUUUCAUCCAAGACUCACCUUGGAUUUUGAACGACUUGUUGAUGAAUGACAUUGAGGAGGAGGAGAAGCACAAUUUGCUGAGGAGGAGGCAGAUUCAAAUGGAGACUGAAGCGUUGGAGAGUAUGGUGGAGGAGUACAGAGAGCUAGAGAGGGAAAUGCGUGAGAAGAAUCUGAUUCCCAAUUUGCCUCACGUGAAGGCUCUAUUCUUGGGGUGGUUUGAUCCUCUUAAAGAGGCUAUAGAGGCAGAGCAGAAGUUAAAAAGGUCGAAGAAGCACAAAGCGGCAUUUGCACCCCACAUUGAUUCAUUGCCUGCGGCAAAAAUGGCUGUAAUUGUCAUGCACAAGCUGAUGGGUUUGCUGAGUAUGGAGUAUCAUCAUGCGGGUUGUGUUCUCCUUGUGGAUGCUGCUGUUCAGAUUGGUAUGGCAGUGGAACAGGAGGUUAGGAUUCAUAACUUCCUGGAAAAGACUAGAACACGCAAGAGUAAGAAAACAGAGGUUGUUCGUGAAGACUGUACGGAUAAUGAUACACAAAAAUUAAGGAAACAUGUAAAUGGCUUGAUUAAAAGAAGAAGACUUAAACAGGUUCAGAUGCUAUUGAAAGAGGACGAAUGUGGCCCUUGGGGGCGUGAUACCCAGGCUAAGCUGGGAAGUCGAUUAAUAGAUUUAUUAAUUCAAACAGCAUUUGUACACUCUCCAGUUAAUCAGUCUGCUGACACUCCACCUGAUAUUCAACCAGCAUUCAGGCAUAGAUUUAAAGUUAUAUCAAAGAAUCCAGAGCAAAAAUUUUUGAAGAAUUAUGGUGUUAUAGAAUGUGAUCCCUUAAUCCUUGCUGGGAUGGAUAAAUCUGUUAAGCAUAUGUUAAUGCCUUACAUGCCAAUGCUAGUACCUCCAAAAGAGUGGAAAGGGUAUGAAAAUGGUGGCUAUUUGUUCUUGACAUCUUAUAUCAUGCGCACUCAUGGAUCCAAGAAGCAGCAAGAUGUAAUGAAGAAUGUUGGGAGGAAACAAUUGCGAAAAGUUUUUGAGGCCCUGGAUACACUUGGCAACACCAAAUGGCGAGUAAAUGGAAGAGUACUUGGUGUUGUGGAGUACCUCUGGGCUGCAGGAGGUAACAUUGCAGGUUUGAUAGAUCGGAAAGAUGUUCCUAUACCAGAGAAGCCACGUUUGGAGGAAUUAAAACAAAUUCAGGAAUGGAAGUGGAGUGUAAAGAAGGCAGAGAAAAUUAAUCUAGAGAGACAUUCUCUAAGAUGUGACACGGAACUCAAGCUUUCUGUGGCUCAGAAAAUGAAAGAGGAGGAAGGCUUUUAUUAUCCCCACAAUAUUGACUUCCGUGGUAGAGCAUAUCCCAUGCACUCUCAUUUGAACCAUUUAAGUUGUGAUCUAUGUCGAGGAUUGCUUGAGUUUGCUGAAGGGCGCCCAUUAGGAAAGUCUGGACUACACUGGCUAAAAAUACACUUGGCAAAUUUAUAUGCUGGUGGUAUUGAAAAGCUGUCUUAUGAUGAACGGCUGGCUUUUGUAGAGAAUCAUCUCCAUGAUAUAUUUGACUCUGCUGAUAACCCUAUUAAUGGAAAUCGGUGGUGGUUAGGUGCCGAGGAUCCUUUCCAGUGCCUUGCUGCUUGUAUUAAUCUGUCAGAAGGCUUAAGAAGCUCGUCACCAAAUUCUGUUCUUUCACACCUGCCUAUUCAUCAGGAUGGUUCCUGUAAUGGCUUACAACACUAUGCUGCUUUGGGAAGAGAUUCUAUGGAGGCUGCUGCUGUUAACUUGGUGGCUAGUGAGAGACCAGCUGACGUUUACUCAGAGAUUGCUGUUAGGGUUCAUGAUAUUAUGAGAAGGGACAGUAACAAAGAUCCAGCUGUCUAUCCAAAUGCUUUGUUGGCAAGAGUUUUAAUUGAUCAGAUUGACAGAAAGCUGGUCAAGCAGACGGUGAUGACCUCGGUUUAUGGUGUUACUUUUGUUGGUGCACGAGAGCAAAUGAAGAGAAUAUUACAGGAGAAAGGCCUUAUUAAUGAUGAACAACUUUUAUUUACUGCAGCUUGCUAUGCUGCUAAAGUGACAUUAACUGCCCUUGGAGAAAUUUUUGGAGCUGCACGUGUCAUCAUGAGUUGGCUUGGUGAUUGUGCAAAGGUGAUUACUUCCGAAAAUCAUCCUGUUAGUUGGACCACUCCUCUUGGUCUUCCUGUUAUACAGCCAUACUGUAAAACUGAGCGUCAUCUGAUAAAAACAUCUCUUCAAUUUUUGGCUUUGAGACGAGAGGGUAACACAGUAGAUGCCAAGAAACAGAGAUCUGCAUUUCCCCCAAACUUCAUACAUUCACUAGACAGUUCACACAUGAUGAUGACUGCUCUUGCCUGUAGGGAUGCUGGUUUAAGUUUCGCAGGUUUUAAGUUCUCCUUUCACUAACAAAAUCCUAAAGCAUAUUCAAAAUUUCGAUCUAAAGUUGCAAAAAUAUAGAAUAUUUGUUUAAUACUUAUAUUUUCUUGUUCGAAGGCAGUGUAAACCUAGGAAGGGAUGGAAGUGUAUGCCUUCUAUUUCUGUUAUUCCUAUUGCCAUGACAACUGGAAAUACUACUUAUCUUGGUUUACCUUUGUGGAGUUGUGAUUCCUUAGUCAACCAUAUCAUGACCAUCUGAAAACAGAAAUCUAUUUUGAUCUGUGAAGACAAUUUCAAUGUUAGGAACUGAGUUUCCUGU